AUGAGUAAGAAGAAGAAGAAGACCGAGAAAAGUGCUGCAGAGAUUGCAUUACUUGUUGAAAAUGUGAUGGCUGAACUUGAAGUUGUAGCAGAAGAAGAUGCAGAGCUAAACAGACAAUCAAAACCAGCUAUUAAUAAACUCAGAAAGUUGCCACUUCUAACUGAAGAAACAACUUCAAUUAGAGUUUCUAGAUCAUGGAUUGUUCUUAUCCUCCAGUUCCCAAUUGAUUUAGAUCAAUAUGAUAGAAAAGAGCAAUUAAAGAAAAGUGAGCACUAUAAGGAAACUGUAAUUGUUCUAUAUCCCCACCCUUUCUUUAUACUACUUAAAGCCUUUAGAAUUCUCUCCUUGUUCACUGCAUUUUCUGAGCUAUUACCACUUCUGGCAGUGGGCACAACUCCAUUGUUGAAGGUUGACAAGAUUUGUCAACAAAUCUCUACCACCACCCUUACCAUUGAUAAUUCCAUCGCAUUCUCCACCCCUUUUUCUACUUUCACCUCCACUGCAUCUGCAAACCUUGAAGUCAAAAGUCCCUCAAGAAUCCAGGUAUGGGGAGGUCCUUUGGUGGUUAUGUUUCUGUUUCAGCUGUAUAAUCGCCUUGUCCAGACUAAUAUACCUCAGUUGUUGCCUUUGAUGGUUGCUGCUAUCUCAGUCCCGGGUCCUGACAAGGUUUCACCUCAUUUGAAGACCCACUUCACUGAGCUAAAAGGGGCUCAAGUUAAGACUGUCUCUUUCCUGACUUACCUUUUGAAGAGCUUUGCUGAUUAUAUCAGACCACACGAAGAAAGCAUUUGUAAAAGCAUUGUGAACCUGCUUGUUACUUGUUCAGACUCUGUUUCCAUUAGAAAGGUGGAGCCAAUUUUUGAGAAAGGUGUUGAUCUGCCACCUAUGGAUGAAGCCAAUAUUUUGUUGGUGAAUGAAUGUGAAUCUAUCUCCCAUAGAAUUGGUGAACUUAUCUCUUUAGAUGGUGAAAAUGAUCAGAAAACAAGUUCAUAUCCAAACAUACCAAAUGAUUUUUUUGAAGAGAUGGAAUCUUCAUGGAAAAACCGUGUUAAAAAGAUCCAUCUAAAAGAAUCAUAUGAAGAGGUUGAUAAAGCUGCUGAAGCCUUAUCUUUAGCAAAGAUUUCCUUCCUAUAA